AGAAGUUGUCACCUCUGUCACCAUCGUCAUUAUCGUAAUCUCCUGCUUAGAUGGAUCAUACAAGUGCUACAAUAUUUUUCAAUCCAUUAGAGCAGCGCAAAAUUCUUCACCUGUUGAGGCAUGCUCAAGGGAUUCACAAUGUAGAAGCAGAAAAGAGUAAAGAAGCAACACUAUCUCCCCAACUCUUGGAUGCUCAACUCUCCCCUCUAGGCUGGCAGCAGGUUGAAAAUCUGCGGAAAGAAGUUCGCUCCAAUGGACUUUUCGAGAGGGUUGAGUUAGUUGUUACUUCUCCGAUGUCAAGAACCAUCCAAACGGCAAUCGGAGUUUUCGGAGAAGAAAUUAAAGGAAAUCAAGUAGGUGAAAAUAAACAAGAUUCCCGGGAUCAUAAUUCACUACCAAUCAUAGCAAUCGAGCUUUGUAGAGAACGAAUGGGCAUCAAUCCAUGUGAUAAGAGGAGAAGCAUAAGCAAUUAUCAAUCUCUUUUCCCUUUAAUCGACUUCUCACAGAUAGAAAGUGAUGAUGAUAUUUUAUGGAAAGCUGACAGUCGAGAAGGUCUGCUAGAAGUUGCAGCCAGGGGAAUGAAGCUUAUGAAAUGGUUGCGGACAAGAAAAGAGAAGGAAAUUGCAAUUGUGAGCCAUGGGAUAUUCUUGCAGCAGACUUUACUUGCAUUUAAAAAUGAAUUUGAUGAAUUGUGCCAGCGAUUUGGCAACUGCGAACUCCGGUCGGUGACCAUAACCGAUCAAGGUGCGAUUGCGAAAAUUCCUCGUGGACUUACUCUGCAAGAAAACACUUUAGAGAAGAAAAUUCCUCGUGGACUUGCUCUGCAAGAAAACACUUUAGAGAAGAAAAUUCCCACCUGUCGUGAACUAGCUCCAAAUGAAAACACUCUAGAGAAGAAAAUACCCACCCGUCUUUCCCUCUCCGUACAUAUCCGGCAACCCUAAUUACAAGUCAGAUCUCUCUCUCUCUCUCUCUCUCUCUCUCUCUCUCUCUCUGCAUACUUUUCUACUUAACAUUUCCCCCCUAGUCAAUAAAUGAGAAAAAGAAAACAAAAGAGUUUUCUUUCAAAUCCUGUGACUUACAAUCUUAAUUUUGAUCUGAAACACAAUUUUCAAUUAAAAGUCCAAACU